CAACCUGCCUCUCCCUUCGUGGAAGGCGAACCACGAACACAAGCAAUCUCCAGACUCGAAUCCCGAAUCCCACCCCCACCACAAUUGCAUCCGCCGCCGCCGCCCAACCAUCCACUCGCCGUCAGCCAAUCCUCCGUCCUCCGACGCCCAAUCCGACCUUGGCUCCACUUGCCCUGCCCCGCCUCUUCUCUCGCGCGCUCGGCACCGCCGGCGAUCGCAUCGACAAGUGCAGCAAGCUCGAGACCGAGGUCGUGCGAGGGUUCAACCAUGGCGAGCGCGGAUCUGCUGCGGAGGGAGGAGGAGUUCUACUCCUCCCUCUUCGAUUCCGCUAAAGGCGACGGCGUUGGGUCGCGCUCACAGCUGAUUGAGAGGAAGAUUGAAGCCCUCGAGGAUAUGGCCACCAAGGUCAGUAAUAGGAGAUCACGUAGAUGGUUGAACGAUCGCUUGCUGAUUGAACUUGUCCCGCGUCUUCAUGUUGAAGAAAUCAAAGGCCUCUUCGCUCCUCCACCAUGGGGUGAGGAACUGCCCUUGUCAGCAUUCUGCAGGACAAGUGUUGGCGAAUGGGAUGCCUUCAGGAGCAUUGACAUGGAUGCUGAGGCAAGAUUGAUGGAACGCAUGAAAAGGUCAUCAGAAAAACAAAGGACUCAUGUGGAUGAAGAUGAAUUGGUCGUGCUGAAUGCUUGGCGUCGUAUAGAUCGCCAAACAAGAGAAGCUAUAAAGAAAAAUUUUCUUCCUGAUCUGCUUGAAAUAUAUGAAGAACGAGUUAGGAUCUUCAUCGAAGAUACUAGUGAUAAAGAUGUGCUUGUGCUGAAUGUACAGGACCCAUUUCAGAGGUUGCUUCUGCAUGGUGUUUGUGAGUUCUACAGCGUAACCUCAACAACCAUGACCAGUGUUAGAGAUGGGAAGCCGUGGAAGACCACCACCAUCAAGAAGAGGCAGGGCACGGGCGUCCCCUCCAGAAUCACAUUAGUUAGCUUCCUGAGGAUGAAGAAGAAUGGGUCCCAGUAACAUCUCUUUGCGUGAGGACGGAAGCAUUGUAAUUCGUAAUGUUGGUCAAGAUGACAACCUUUGUUGCUUUAUUUUCCAUUUAGGAUGUAGGCAGAUGUAAAUUAUCCAUGUAUUCGUUUGAAACAUAUUCAAGUGAUGGGUCACUGGCAACCAUGUUCCAAUUAACAGGUUGUAUGAUUUGAAUCCAUGACGUAACUUCAGGUUCAGUUGAAA